AUGAAGAAGAGAGCAAGGCCGGAAGGUGACUCGGUGGGCAAGAAGGAGGGCACUGGUGGCGAGAAGGAGAAAACCGCACUGCCUGCGCUCAAACGAUCGCGAGCCGAGGCCGGCCCCCCGGCGGCAGCAGCGGCAGAAGAAGAGACAACGGCGAAUCAAACUACAUCAUUGGGUCUCGAGGCGGUGGGCGACGACGUGCUCCUGCUCAUCAUGGACCUCUGCGGGCCGACCGACUCGCUGCGCGCGUUCCUCCUGGCCAACCGCCGCCUCAACGCCCUCCUGCGCAGCCACCGCGCCCUGUGGAGCCGCGCCUACACCCGCCUCUUCGCCUCCCCGCGCAGACGCAACAAGACCGGCCAGCAGGCCCAGCAGCUGCAACACCACCUCGACGGAGUGAAGGACGACUUUGAGGCCUACACGGGGGCGAUGCGCAAGUGGACGGGCGAGUACGAUUUCAGCGACGGCUUGCCGUUGGGCGAGAGCGACGGCGAGCUCACCGUCAAGGUGGCGGCCGACGGGCGGGCCACGUGGGAGGGCCACGGCGUCGGGUGUGGCCGCGCCGGCGAGUACACCAGCCUCAACUGCCUCAAAGGCAAGCGCACGCCUCCCCUCAGCGUUGCAUGGCCGGGCGAGAUCCAGGCUUUUGCUGCAGGAUCGGAGGACAGCAAGAAGGGCCGCUGUGACCGGCCAAGAAGGGGAGACAGCUACUAUGAUGAUGAUGAUGAUGAGGACGAUGAAGAAGACAGCGAAAGGGCGAAAGAGAAGAAAAGGGCAAGGGAAGAGUGGAGGAGGAAGAAGGCGCAGGAAGGCGACCCCAUCUACAAGUGGGUCAAAGAGUCUCUGCGCGGGCUGCAGCCUAUGUUCUUCGAGCGCGUCGAUUACCAGCUGCACGCCGAGGGCAAGCGCAAGUGGUGCACCGGAGGUGGUGCCUGCAGAUUCUGGCAGUACGACAUGGAGUGGUGA